AUUGUGAAUACUCAUUUUGCAUUCUUGAAUUUUGCUUAUCAAUUUUGAUCUUUGUGUGUGUUUCAGUGUAGAUAUAUGCCAUAAUUUUAUCUAAAUUUUACUUCUCAUAUGUCUAGUUGAUUUGGGUAUACUUCAGUUCCUCUGUAUAAUCCUGGAAAUGCUUAUUUGGGGGUGGAAGUGAUGUAUGUGUGUGUGUGUUUUAGGCAAUGUAUAUCCGUGUGAAGCGUAAUAAGACCACCUACUUUAUUCAAUGUGACCCCACUGAGACAGUUCUACAAAUGAAGGAGAAAUUGUCUAACCUCAUAGAUCAACCUGCUAAUGAUCAGCAACUAGUCCUGAUGCCUGCUGGAGAUGUGUUGGAAGACUCGAAGUCCCUAGCUGAUCAGAAGGUUGAAAAUGAUGCUGUGGUGGCGCUGACUCUGAGAAAAGAUGACAAUGAAUUUGAGGAAGUGAAUAUCGUGAAACCAAAUGAUGAAUUUUAGCAGCCUCGCGAUUCAGAUUGGUGGUGCAAAUUGGUGACAACGUACAUUCUGGCAACAUCUAAUCCUCAACAAAGAUCUGUAUACUUGUAAACUGGGAAUUGAUUGACCUGCAUCUGGUUCUUCUAAAAUACUCAGAUAGCCAUGAGUUUCAUGCUGUAGGGAAGUUUGUGAUAUCAUUGCGGUUCUGUUUAGCAUUAUACUGUUCAAGAGAACCACUUCUUAUGAUUUUUGCAACGACGAGAGCUCUGAGUUACAUAUACAGACAUAAUACAUCAACUUCUUUUUAGUAGGAUUAGACUUUUCAUGGAUGUGUGAGAAUUGCUGGGUUAAGUGUGAUUUGUCAUGUUCCUUUA